AUGUCUUCAUUCGGCAACAAAACAACCAGCGAAGAGGUCGUUGAGGCAUUCUCCUCCAGAAUUCAAGGCCGUACCUUUCUCAUCACUGGCACAAGUGCCAAUGGUCUUGGAGCUACAGCAGCAAUCGCUCUUGCCCGAGCUGGACCUGAGCACAUCAUCCUCGUGGGACGCUCCAAGGCAAAGGUCGACCCCGUGAUCGAGGAGAUCGCGGCAGCCAAUCCCAACGUCAAGGCCACCUUUGUGCAGUGCGAGCUGUCAGACUUUGACUCGGUCAGGAAGGCCGGCGCCGAGAUUCUCGAAAACAAGGACAUUACCAAGAUUGAUGUGAUCCUCAACAAUGCGGGCGUUAUGGCGGUAAAAGAGUACACAAAGGACAAGCAGGGGUACGAGCUACAGCUCUCCUCGAACCAUCUUGGCCACUUUCUCCUAACGAGCAUCAUCUUCCCAAAGGUUCUUGCUGCCGGCGCCGGAUCUCGCAUCGUCAAUGUCACCAGCCGGGGCCACCGCGUUGGUCCGUUCCGCUUUGACGACUACAACUUCUCCAACGGCAAAGAGUACGAGCCCUGGACUGCAUAUGGCCAGAGCAAGACGGCCAACAUUCUCUUCUCGGUAGAGCUGGCCCGCCGGCUGGCCGACAAGGGCAUCAAGGCCUUUGCCGUACACCCCGGAGGCAUCUUGACCACCGGCCUAGCGACUCAUCUGGACAUCGAGUCGCUUGGUGAUAUCCCAGCAAUUGCGAAGCGCAAUAAUGGGUGGGAUUCAUUCCCCCCGCUCGACCCAGCUACAUUCAAGACUGCAUCAGGAGGAGCCGCGACUGAGCUUGCUGCCGUUCUGGACCCUGCUUUUGACGGAAAGAGCGGCGCGUAUGUCAAAGAUUGCCAGAUCUCGGAGGCGCUGGACUAUGCCACAGACGCCCAAAACGCCCAACGACUAUGGCGUUUGAGCGAAGAGCUUGUUGGUCAGAAAUUUGACAUCUAG